UCAGACACGGAUCUCUUCUGGGAGCUGAACGGGGACAGAGAGGUGGGCUCCAGCUAAGACAAAGGGGCUGUGCUGAAGCAAACUCUUUAGUCAGCCACCUGCUCCUCCCUCCACCUGUGCAGGCUCUGCAAAAAGAGAGGCUGUCUCCAGUUCUGCCUUCAGGACUUCCACCCACUCCAAGUGAGCAGAAAUGGGGGAUUGGAGCUUCCUGGGAGAGUUCCUCGAGGAGGUCCACAAGCACUCCACAGUGGUGGGGAAGGUCUGGUUGACUGUGCUGUUCAUCUUCCGGAUGCUGGUACUUGGUACGGCAGCUGAGUCUUCUUGGGGGGAUGAGCAGUCCGAUUUCAUGUGUGACACGCAGCAGCCUGGCUGCGAGAACGUCUGCUACGACAAGGCCUUCCCCAUUUCUCACGUCCGGUUUUGGGUCCUUCAGAUCAUCUUUGUCUCCACCCCAUCCCUGGUGUAUAUGGGCCACGCGAUGCAUACGGUGCGCAUGGAGGAGAAGAGGAAGAUGAAGGAGGCAGAAAGAGAGGCCCAGGAGAUGAAAAACGAUGGUGACACGUACUAUCAGCAGAAGUGCCCCGUGGCAGAGAAGGCUGAGUUGUCUUGCUGGGAUGAAUCAGGAGGCAAAAUUAUACUCAGAGGCAGUCUGCUGAACACCUAUGUCUACAGUAUUUUGAUUCGCACUGCCAUGGAAGUUGCCUUCAUUGUGGGACAGUACAUCUUGUACGGGAUCUUCCUGGAGACCCUGUAUAUCUGCCAGCGGGCACCUUGCCCCCACCCUGUCAACUGCUACGUUUCCCGUCCCACAGAGAAGAACGUGUUCAUUGUCUUCAUGUUGGCUGUGGCCGUGCUCUCCCUGUUCCUCAGCCUGGCUGAGUUAUACCACUUGGGCUGGAAGAAAACCAAAGAGAGGUGCUCCCGUGCCUACAAGCCCAGCCCCAGCACAGCUCCUCGAAGGCUGGAGUCUGCCCCGCAGGUAGAAAGGGCCCAGAUGUACACUCCCCCGCCAGAUUUCAAUCAGUGUUUGGCAAGUCCCAAUGGGAAGUUCAUCAGCCCCUUCAGCAACAAGAUGGCCUCCCAGCAGAACACAGCCAACUUCGCCACUGAGAGGGUCCAAAGCCAAGAGGAUGCUGCUGGGGAAGGGCCCUUCAUGAAGUCCAGCUACAUGGAGAGCCCAGAAGUAGCCAAUGAAUGUGCGGCACCUGCCCUCCCUGAGAGCUACUUCAAUGAGAAACGUCGCUUCAGCAAGACCAGCCGUGCCAGCAGCAAGGCAAGGUCAGACGAUUUGUCUGUGUGACCUGCCUCCAAGAGGGAGGAGGAGCAGUCUUAAGCGCUUAGUAAGACUUCUGCAAAGUGGACUGCAGACUCUUGCCACAAACCUCUCUCCAUUUUAAUGUCCUUUUCAGUGAACGUCAUUGUCGUAAUUCAGACAGCACCUCUCACAGCUUAAGGCAGGGGCAGUCCCUGGACAACACAUACCUGGAGGUUGAAGAGAGGCACCAGUCUCCAGAUGUGAAGUUCUCAGCCCGUGGGACUCAAGGGGACUGGGGACUCAGCAACCUUAGCCACAGGCUGGCACGCUCCUGAGGCUGCCUGGAUGCUUCAAAAGU